UAACCGCGUUCGGCCUGUCCAGUGCCAUUUUGAAAGCGUGCGCAGGGAGAGGCAGAGCACGGGCGAGGGGCAUCUCAAAAGUAGAGUAUAAAGUCUUAAGGGGUGAGGAGGUGGGGGGGGGAGGAAAAAAGCCGCAGCGAGGUCCUACACGGUUUACUUUCUUUGUUUGCGAACUCGUUUUUUUUUUUUUCUCCCCUCCCCUCCUCUCCUCCCCCCUCCCGAGACUUCCGGUCGGUUCGCGCUCGGGAGUUGCAAACUCUCGACGAAUUUCCGAACGUUCAACCAGAAGCUCGUCCCCCCCCACGCUGUUCUCCGGUCCGAACCCAACCCCACCCCCCCAGCCCGAGUCGGCACACUCCAGCGUUUAGGGCCCGGCGCCCCCCCCACCCCACCCGCACCCAAGACUUCCUCGCUGCAAGUCGCUCACCAUGGCAGGAGCUGGCGGUGGGAGCAAUGAUGUGCAGUGGUGUUUCUCUCAAGUCAAAGGAGCCAUUGAUGACGAUGUCGCCGAAGCGGACAUCAUAUCCACUGUUGAAUUCAACCACUCUGGGGAGCUACUAGCCACUGGGGACAAGGGGGGUCGUGUUGUCAUCUUUCAGCAGGAGCCAGAGAGUAAGAAUCAGCCACAAUGCCGUGGAGAGUACAACGUUUACAGCACCUUCCAGAGCCACGAGCCUGAGUUUGACUACCUGAAAAGCCUUGAGAUUGAGGAGAAGAUCAACAAGAUUCGGUGGUUGCCUCAGAAAAAUGCAGCGCAGUUUCUUUUGUCCACAAAUGACAAAACCAUAAAGUUGUGGAAAAUUAGUGAGCGAGACAAGAGGCCUGAGGGUUACAAUUUGAAAGAAGAGGAUGGGCGCUAUAGAGAUCCCACUACUGUCACAACACUAAGGGUGCCAGUGUUCCGGCCCAUGGACCUGAUGGUGGAAGCCAGCCCCAGAAGAGUGUUUGCUAAUGCUCACACUUACCAUAUUAACUCCAUCUCAGUCAACAGUGAUUGUGAAACCUACCUGUCAGCAGAUGACCUUCGCAUUAACCUCUGGCACCUGGAGAUCACCGAUCGCAGCUUUAACAUUGUUGACAUAAAGCCUGCUAAUAUGGAGGAGUUGACUGAGGUGAUCACAGCCGCGGAGUUCCAUCCAAACCAAUGCAACACUUUUGUCUACAGCAGUAGCAAGGGGACGAUCCGCCUUUGUGACAUGAGGGCAUCAGCACUAUGUGACAAACACUCCAAACUCUUUGAGGAGCCAGAAGAUCCAAACAACCGUUCAUUCUUUUCGGAAAUAAUCUCAUCCAUCUCUGAUGUGAAGUUCAGUCACAGUGGACGCUACAUGAUGACCCGUGACUAUCUGUCGGUCAAAAUCUGGGAUCUCAACAUGGAGACCCGGCCAGUAGAGACAUAUCAGGUGCAUGAAUAUCUCAGGAGUAAGCUGUGCUCACUCUAUGAGAAUGACUGCAUCUUCGACAAAUUUGAGUGCUGUUGGAAUGGGAAUGACAGUGUCGUGAUGACUGGCUCCUAUAACAACUUCUUCAGGAUGUUUGACAGAGGCUACCGGCAGGAUAUGACCCUGGAGGCGUCCCGGGAGAACAGCAAGCCCUGGUCUGUCCUGAAACCUCGUAAAGUGUGCACAGGUGGGAAGCGCAAAAAGGAUGAGAUCAGUGUAGACAGCCUGGACUUUAACAAGAAGAUCCUCCACACUGCCUGGCACCCCCUGGACAACAUCAUUGCUGUGGCUACCACCAAUAACCUGUACAUAUUCCAGGACAAAUUGAACUAGCAUAUAAUGAACCGCUCAGAUCCCAGUUUCCACAAAGACCCCACUGCUCUGAUUCUCGCCUGAAGAACGUGAUCUGUUUUGAUGACUAUCUUAGGCUGAAUCCCAAUGUUUAGACUAUGUGACCUGAUCCAAUGAUAUUGAAAUUGCGUGAGUGGCAGGCCAAUGCACUCUAGCUACUGAGAACAAACUUGUUUGCAAUCACAUCAGGCACGACAAGUGAAUUUUCUAGUGUGACAAAAAAGUAUCGCAUUUGUCCAUAGUUCUCUAGACUUUGGGAUUCGGCCUCAAUGGGUUUUCUCUCUUAAGAGCACUCUAUUCACAAUGCUACCACACUGCAACUCUUGACCACUACAUCCCAAACCAAAGGGAAAAGCUGUUGUUGAACACGCUUAUUUGGUUAGGUCAUUAUUUCAUUUUUAUUUGGUGCCAUCAUGACAUGAGUAAUUUGCAUGUCAUACCUACCAAGUGUUUAUAUAUUGUUGUAGCAUCCAAGUUGAAUUAGUUUGGGUAAGGAUUCUUCAAUUGUUUUCUCAUUUCUUUGCAACAAAAUUGAAUUUUGUAUCAGCCUAGGACACUGCAAAUACAAUACAAAUACAUCACUCCAUAUUUGCCCCAGUUAUGUUUAAGUUGCCAAGUUCACUUACACCUUUCUUCCCUAAUGUACAGUACACUCACUCUCAAUGAACACCAAAUUGGCAUAAACAGUGGCUUCAGAAAGUAUUCAGACCCCUUCACUUUUUGCACACUUAAUUGUGUUGUAGAUUUAAUUUUAAAUGGCUAUAAUUGCUACUUUUGCCCUUCAAUCUAUACUCAAUUAACCCAUGAUGACGUGUUUUUAAAAAUGUUUGCAAUUCAUUUAAAAUCAAAAACUGAAAUCUCAUUUGCCUAAGUAUUUGGGCGGCACGGUGGCCCAGUGGUUAGCACUGUCGCCUCACAGCAAGAAGGUCCUGGGUUCGAACCCCGGGGUUGUCCAACCUUGGGGGUCAUCCCAGGUCGUCCUCUGUGUGGAGUUUGCGUGUUCUCCCCGUGUCUGAGGUGGGUAUUCUCCAGGUGCUCCGAUUUCCCCCCCACCAUCAAAGAAACAUGCAUGUUAGGGCCCCGGACCAAGGCAUGGGAAAAGAACUGGAGUUGGUCCCCGGGCACAGCAGUAUCUGAAUUUCCCCAAGGGGAUUAGUAAAGGAAACUUAAUUCUCAAUUCAAACCCUUUGCUGGUGGCACUCCAAAAUGUGGUCAGGUACAUACUGUUUGCUUUAAUUAUCCUUGAUGUGUCUAGAGUAUGAUUGGAGUCCACCUGUGGAAAAUUGAAUUGACUAAAAGUUUUAAUAUUAUUGCCCUGUGAUGGAUUGGCGGCCUGUCCAGAGUGUCUCCCCGCCUGCCGCCCAAUGACUGCUGGGAUAGGCUCCAGCAUCCCGCGACCCUGAGAGCAGGAUAAGCAGUUUGGAUAAUGGAUGGAUAGAUGAAUGGAUGGACAUAGUUUAGAAAAGCAAACACCUGUAUAUAAGGUCCCACAAUUCACACUGCAUGUAAGGCAAAAAAAACCAAGCCAUGAAGUCCAAAGAACUCUCUACACCUCCGUGAUGAAAUUGUGGCGAGGCAUAGAUCAGGGCAAGGAUACAAAAAUUAUUUCUAAAACAUUUUUCAGUGUUCCUAGGAGCACAGUAGCCUCAAUAAUUUGGAACCACCAGGACUCUUCCUAGAGUUGGCCACAUGGCCAAACUGAGUAACUGCAAGAAGGACCAUGGUCAGGGAGGGAAUCAAGAACCCAACAGUCACUCUAAAAGGGCUUCGGAAGUCCUCUGCAGAGGUGGGAGAACCUACCAGGAGGACACGCAUCUCAGCAGCUCUCCAUCAAUCAGGCCUUUAUGGUAGAGUGGCAAGACAGAAGCCACUCCUGAAUGAAAGGCAUAUGACGGCCCUUUAAAGGACUCGGAGUAUGAGGAAAAAGAUUCUCUGGUCUGAUGGGACAAAAUUUGAACUCUUUGUGCAGAACUCGAGCACUAUCUGCAAUUUUAUCCAUUGAAAAUUAAAUCUACAACACAGUGUGCAAAAGGUGAAAUGGUCUGAAUACUUUCUGAAGCCACUGUACACACACCCGGCAGGGCUUGUGGGAUUGGGAGUAGAAUGGAGACUAAUGUUGUCAUAUUAACCAGUCUUUAUACAGACUGAGGUUAUGCUUGCAUUAAGGGUUGUCUGGUUAGCACGGUGCCCUUCUGCAGGGGAAACUUAAGAAAGGUGGUGAAUAAAGGCACAAUAGCACAGUCUUUAGUGGAAAAGACUGGUUACUCUUGCACUUUUGAAGACCAUCUUGAACAGCCCUGUAAAAAGGGCUCAUGUACAGCUAUAUAAGGUCAUUGUGCUAUGGUAUGGCCUGAUUAUCGGUGUGUGGCACAAAUGUUUAGUGCUGCUGACAUCUUCCCCACAAAGUCUGCUGUGUUGUUGCUGCCGAUUGAGCGAUUGCUUUACGUUCUGGAUCUAAUUUUUGUUUGUACAAGUUUUUUUUUAUGAUGUUUUGUACUGUACCUGACAAAAGAAUAAUCACUAUAGCUGGUUUAUUUUUUUAUGAAUUCAGGCAAUAUGAUUACAGUCUGAUCACUGUAGUUACUUAACUGUAUGUCGUGGACUGAUCUGUAGAUGGGAGGGGGUGGGGGUUGCCUAACUUGGUGAUCAUUUGUGUCAUAUAACUCUGGAGUAAUUUGUUCAUUCCUGCUCGGAGUUCAUUGAAACUUGGAGAACGUUUAUGUGACCUCAAGGAAGUCGGGUGUUUCUGGUGGUGGGUGUCCAAAGAAAAGUAUUUUCAGGUGUUAGUACCUCUGUAGUCAUGAGCACUAUAAAUUAAUUUGAAUUCUGGCAUUCUGUAACUAAUGUUGUGUAGACCUUAUUUGGAUACUUCUGAGUUGGUUUUGAGAGUUCUUUUUGGAUCUUUGAAGUUCCGUUUGUGUGCCAUGGUUGUGUUUAUAUAUAUCAUUAUGCUCGCUGUGAAAGGAACUAAUUAAAAAAAAUGGGCCUAAAUGGGGAAAGGCAUUAUUAUCAACUUGACAAACCGCUAAAUCUAGUUCACCCUAAAGCUUGUUAAGUUGAUUGACUAAUAGACAAAAUUAGUGAUUUUGAGUCAUCUUCUCACCUUUUCACACUGGGCUUGUUCUCAGGUGAAAACGUGAGGACUCAAAAGAGCUUUUGAGACAUGGGCGUGGACAUUGUUGUAAGGAUAUUAAUUAGUGCUGUCUUCAGACAUGGGAAAGUAAUCAAUUAGACAUCAGCAGCUGUUCCUUUAUUACCCUCUGUUUCAGUCACAUGUUGCCAAUUCUUUCAUGGAGCAAGCGGGUUGAUUAAAGCACAAAUUGUUUCUUUUUCUUGUUUAGAGCACUGUUAUUGUUUUAAAACAGUUCUGGAUGACAGAUGGAGCCAUUGAAUCAGGGCAUGAAACUUUUAUUGGUCCACUGGAUCAUAUUUAUAUCAGUUAAUGUGGUUCACUCCUAUUCUAGGGAAUUGGAUUCCACACUGGCUAGAAAUGCCACUAUUACCCAACAUCACCUGUGUUUUCCAUAUGGUGCUGUUGAUAGUACUGUUGUGAGUGUCACUUUCUCAGGGCUUUAGGUAAUGUCCUCAAGUCAUGAGACACUUUUCCUAAUCUGUUUUUUUUUUUGCAACCUUUUUGAAUGUGGCUAUUUCUUUGACUUAUGUAAGUACAUGUGAGUGUCAGUAAGUUAUUUGCCUCAUGUCAUAUGUACAUAAGUUUGCUUCGCAUAAUGUACCCUUAUCCCAUUCCACUCAACACACAAUAGCAUUUACAAUGUGGUAGCAGUUCAGUAGGGAUGCUUCAGUUGUUUGGCCACUGAUCAACAUUAGCGGUUGUGUUAUGAGAUCGGUGAUUUACCUUGUCAAGUCUAGUGGGAAAACAUCACCAUGUAUGAAUUAUGUACCUUUUUUGUUUCAUUGAAAUACCAGUUCAAAGCAAGCAUUUAAACACUUUACUGCGAAAAGCUGUCCAUCGUAUCAAAGGUAUAAUUUUUAUUACCGGUCCUUAUAUCCUGUUCCGAACACAAAUGGCGUCAGAAAAUACACACGUUUCAUCAGAGAUGCUGUUUAACUGACUAGGCCAGAAACAAUCCCAACCUGUGCGGCUCGACACAGUUCAAAUUGUUAGCAGAGAUAAUAUUGGGGUGUUAAAUGCAAAAUAAAUUUCAACGACAGUCAUCGAUACCAUGAAACGAGACUAACAAAUAUGUUUUAAACUCUUCCCCUCACAUUGCCCUCAUAGCUGCUGUGCAAGGCUAUGGCGUGAGACCACGAACGCGCUGUUCAGAGGAACCCUAUUGCCUUUCUCAUCAUAUAAAAGAAAUGAGAUAAUCAAGUAUGCUUCUUGAACUUACUGGCAUGCCAGACAGGAGACUGCUCAGGGGAACUUAACGCUGCUGUCCAAUCAAACCCUUGUCUCUUCAAAAUGUCAAUUUUCAGGAGUUUGGAGAAAAAAAAAACAGCCUUAUUUUUACUUUGACAGCAAUGCAUUUUUGAAGAAAAACCCCCCCAUCAUGACUUUUAAAUUGGUUUUAUGAACUCUGGUUUAAUGAAACUGGCUCUACCUAUGGAGGACCAUGAAACCUCUACCCCCAAAACACCCAAACUAGUUAUGAGGUCUUUUCAUGAAGGUAGUAUAUAUAUAUAUAUAAAAUCACGGGAGCCAAAAAAUGCACUUUUAUUUUUGUUAAUUUCAUCAAUUUGUAUGUUUUGUUUAUUUUUCUUUUAGGGGGCUCUUGAAUAAAGAUUGUAGGAGAUUUUUGGCGAUCUGUUGGGAGAAAAAUCUACAGAAGGUUCACUGUAAAGCUCUGUCUUUGUCAAAUGGAAUAAAGUACAAUUUAGAUGAAAAGUAAAAGAAUUUCAACUAUGAAUUCUGAAUAAAAUGAUUAA